GCUGUUUCGAUAUUCUUCGUGUUGGAAUGGACUAAAAGAGACGCGACGCCAUAAGGAAAAAAGUUGGAAAGGCAAUUCUUCGGCGGCAUAUACAAGGCAGGACACAGCCGUCCAUUCACAUGAUGGAUCUCAAAAGCGAAAAAACGAUAGAUGCCGACCCUUCAUCGGCAUCCGAAACGAAUAUGGAUGUGGAGCGUGGAAGAGAGUCCAGGCGGAGACGAAGAAGCCCUUCAUCCACGGGCACGACAUCGACGGCGAACGAGGACGACGAAUUCCACUGUGAUGGCCACCGGCCCACCAGAAGGGAACUAUGCGAGAGCAUCUCUCAAUCGCGGAGCCGACGCGGUCAUUCACAAGAGGGAACAGCCGUAUCCAGCGGCUUGAACCAGUCGCUGAGCCGCACCGUUUCUCGAAGAGAUACCAUUGUCUCGCGCAUCCGCACACGACCAAGUGUACCGCCGUUUUCACACCCGCUGGCACAUCAGCCGACAACGCCGGAUUUCCUCGUCGACUUUGACGGCGACGACGACCCGUAUCGGCCGCUCAACUGGCCGACCAAGAAGAAGAUUCUGACGACAGCCUUGUACGGCCUUACGACCAUGAGCGCGACCUGGGCUUCUGCCGCGUAUUCGGUCGCCAACAAAGAGGUUGCCGAGGAGUUCCAUGUGGGGAGACAGGUUGCUGUGCUGGGCACUACAUUGUUCCUGUUUGGCUUCGGACUUGGGCCGCUGCUCUGGGCGCCGCUGUCCGAGGUGUAUGGGCGGCGGAUAGCAGUCUUGGUGCCUAUGUUUGUAGCGACGUGCUUUAGCUUUGGGAGCGCCACAGCAAAGGACUUUCAGACACUGAUGCUGACUCGCUUCUUCGGCGCCUUCUUUGGCAGUGCGCCCGUGACAAACACCGGAGGCGUCCUGGGCGACUUGUAUACUCCUGCGUGGCGAGGCAUGGCCAUGGCCGGCUAUGCCAUGGCCGUCGUCGCAGGCCCAUGUCUGGGCCCUAUUGUUUCGGCUGCCUUCGUCGCCAACCCGUCGCUGGGCUGGCGCUGGACCUUGUACUUCACCGGCAUCCUGCAAGCCACCAUCCUCAUUAUUGACAUCAUCUUCAUCGACGAGUGCUACCCGCCCAAGCUGCUCGUGUACAAGGCACGGCGUCUGCGCCACGAAUCCGGCAACUGGGCGCUGCAUGCCAAAUUCGAGGAAUGGGACGUCAGCAUCAAGGAGCUGUCGCGGAAGUUUCUCGUUCGCCCGCUGCAGCUCAUAGUAACGCCUAUCUGCUUUCUCGUUGCGCUCUACGCCAGCUUCUGCUACGGCAUCCUGUACAUGCAGUUAGGCGGCGUCCCGUUUAUCUUCGGCGAGAUGCGAGGCUGGUCCCCACUCAACGCCACGCUGCCUUUCCUGGCCUCGUUGCUGGGCGCCAUGAUCGGCGGCAGCAUCAACGCCUACAACCAGCUGCUCUACAACAAAGCCUACCACGCCGCGGGCGACCGCGCCGUCCCCGAAGCCCGUCUGCCGCCCAUGAUGCUGGGCUCCGUGCUCUUCUCCGCCGGCCAGUUCCUCAUGGGGUGGACCGCAGACCCCAAGUUCCACUGGAUCGUGCCCGUGAUUGGGCUCCUCAUGAUCGGAACGGGCUUCUUUACCAUUUUCCAGGCUUGCCUCAAUUAUCUCGUCGAUACGUUUACCAUGUAUGCUGCGAGUGCAAUCGCCGCCAAUACCUUCCUGCGCAGUGCGUUUGCCGGCGCGUUUCCCCUCGUCGUGACCCCCAUGUACCAUAAUAUUGGCGUUGGGCCUGCGAGCAGUAUCACGGGCGGCUUUGCCGCACUGCUGAUUCCAGUGCCGUUUGUGUUUUAUACCUACGGGAAGAGGAUUAGGGCGGCGAGCAAGUGGAGUCGUGGGAGCGUAUUUGACUAGUGUGGUGAGAAAAGUUUUAAUAAUAAUG